AUGCUUACCACGACAAGAUGGAGACUUUUAGCGACAAGAUCGCUAAUGGCAAUGCGUUUUAAUUCUACCACUGCUACCAAGCCUCCCACGGGAAUCGUCUUUAUGAAUAUGGGAGGACCUAACAAGACUAGUGAAACUUACGAUUUUUUGUAUCGUUUGUUCUCCGAUAAGGACUUGAUCCCGUUGGGACCUUUCCAGAAUUUGUUGGCCAAGUUCAUUGCCAAGAGACGUACGCCAUCCAUUGAAGAAAGAUACGACGAAAUUGGAGGAGGCUCUCCGAUCAGAAAGUGGCUGGAGUACCAAUGUGGGGAAGUAUGCAAAAUUUUGGACAAGAUCAGUCCCGACACGGCCCCACACAAGCCCUACGUUGCUUUUAGAUAUGCUAAACCGCUUACUGAAGAUGUGUUGGUAGAAAUGAAGGCCGAUGGUGUCACUCGUGCUGUGGCCGUUUCUCAGUACCCACAGUUCUCCAACUCGACUUCUGCCUCUUCAAUUCACGAGUUGUACCGUCAAACCCAGGAGUUGGACCCAGAGAGAAGUAUUGAAUGGUCAUUUAUUGACAGAUGGCCCAAGGACAAGUGCUUGAUCAACCCAUUUGCUAAGCAUAUCUUAGAGAAGUUGCAGGAGUUCCCUGCUGAGGACAGAGACAAGGUUGUCAUCUUGUUCUCUGCUCACUCUUUGCCCAUGGAGAUUGUCAACAGAGGAGACUCUUACCCAGCUGAAGUCGCAGCCUCUGUGUACGCCGUGAUGGAGAAAUUGAACUUCUGUAACCCUUACCGUCUUGUCUGGCAGUCGAAGGUUGGUCCUAAGCCUUGGUUGGGUGGCCAAACCGCCAAGAUCGUGGCCAAAUUGGAGUUGAAUGAGAAUGUGAAGGGUUUGAUUUUGGUUCCUAUUGCUUUCACCUCUGACCACAUUGAGACAUUGCACGAACUUGACAUCGAGCUUCUUGAGGAUUCCAAAAACAAGGACAUCAUCAAGCGUGCUGCCUCAUUGAAUGACAAUGCGGAGUUCAUUGAUGGAAUGGCUGAGUUGGUCAAAGCUCACCUUGAGUCUGGCGAGCCCUACUCCAAGCAACUUGAAUUGGACUGGGAAUUGAGCAAGGAAUUCACCACCAAAACUUUCAACCAUCCAAGCGAGAUGUUUGGAAAGGUUGCAAAGACUGAGCUUUAA